AUGACCGGCUUGUUUGAACACCUCUAUGACUGCGCGAAGAAGGCUGAGAGUUUUGAAACAACCAAGAGACGCCUGUCUCUUGAAACUCUUAAGCUGAUACGCCAGCGUGGAGCAGCACGAACCGCAGGGAACCGAGAACUCACGUUCGAGCUCUCAAGGCUUUGCAGAGAGGCGAAAAAGGAAGAACUUAAAGAGAGAAGAGCAGGAGAGUGCUGGCUGAAGCUGCAGGGGGCGGAGAAAAGCAUCCGCUAUGCCCGUCGAGACUUCGCCAGUCGCAAGACGAGGAUGACUACUCUCCGCAACUCGAAGGGAUCAACCAUUGCAUCGAGAAGGGGGAUGGAGAAAAUCAUCUACGACUUCUACUCUCAUCUGUUCGGCAGCCAUGUCCACUUGCCUCCUCAUCAUCUGAGGGAAGACGGACAAGUCAUCCCAGAGGUUCUCCCGUCCGAAAUACGACAAGCUAUCAUGUCGGUAAGAAAUCGUACGGCACCCGGUCUUGACAGAAUAAGACCAGAACACCUGAAGAAACUUCCGCCAGUACUCAUCAACACCCUGGCGAGGCUCUUUACACGCUAUCUGUCGGAAUGCAAGGUUCCUAAACAGUGGAAGACCAGCAAGACCGUUUUGUUGUAUGAAAAGGAAGAUCCACAUGACAUCGGCAACUAUCGUCCAAUCAGCUUACUGUCCGUCAUCUACAAGCUCGUUACAAGAGUGAUCCUUAAUAGGAUUAAAAGUCUCGGAUGA